UCAAAGGUGAACUUUAGGCAGAAUCCGCAAAAUCGGCAAAAUCCUAUCAUGUUUUUAAAAGUUUGAACGAGUUAAAGUCAUAAUUUUAAACAUUUUCUGCGAUGAAAACCAACUUUGUGCCUCGAGUCAAUCAGCUCGACUCAAUUCAACUUGAUAACGAAAUAGUAAACAUCAUCAAAGGACAAAUCUACAAUGUCCUGCGAAAUCUUCCGCCCGGUCUUCUAAGCAAAUUUCAACCGGAAAUCAAUCUACUCGUCAGCUCCGUACUGUGGAACUAUUCGAUUCGAAAGUCCUUUGCUACGUUUGGUCAGCAAAUGUUGUCCAUCAAUUACGACCAAGCGCAGCUUGGGUCAGGUAAACUGGGCUUCCACUAUGCACUAACCGUAGCUUUAGACUAUCUUAAAGAGAUGAGCCAAUACAGACUAACCGGGUGGACAGUACUGCAGCACACUAUCCGAUGGUCUGAAAACUGUUUGACCUUUCUGAAGUUGCUUAACUUUUUUCGGUUCUUGCGUACGGGCCGAAAACCUUCGCUAGUGGACUACGUCUUACGGCUGGACCAUCGUUCGAUAGACGGAGCCAAGCGACGAACUAUCGGCUAUUCCUAUAUGACUCGCGAACUGAUUUGGGCAGGAUUCAUGGAACUGCUAGGUUUUACCAUUCCCAUUAUCAACUAUCAUGCGGUCAAGCGAAGACUUCGAAAUUUACUGAAGCUGGAAUCGGGCUCGCAAGUUGCUAGAAAAAUCGAUCUAACCGUAGAGAGUAAAUGCGUCUACUGUAACGAGCGCCCUACGUUGCCCCACCAUAUGGGAUGCGGUCACGUGUUUUGCUAUUAUUGUUUGAAGGGUAACUUAUUAGCAGAUGCAGGUUUUCAGUGCAACGUGUGCGACUUCAAAAGUGGGAUUUUUGAAAAGGUCAUCGUAAGCUAAAAAUAUACUAUUGUGCGCAAAAUGAAUUUAAAACAAAAUGCCAAAAACCAUGAGAUGGGUCAGAUUGGUGAAGGAUUAUUAUUAAAAAAGUAUUGCUUCUAUUCAACAAGUGACAGGAAAACGAUUGAUUGAAGGAGUGAAGUAAAGAACAUGUUGGUGCAAAUUUGUCUCAAAAUCAAAGUUUUUAAUACAUGCACAACAUGCCGCCGCCUUCUCGGCGUUCUCCCACUGUUAAGUCGUUACUCAACCGUCACAUUCGGCUCGCGGUGACGGUUGGGAUUGACAGCCGUGAAUUAUAACGAAAAUGACGUAUGGCGGCCAUUUUACCCGAUGACGUUGCGACGCAUUCACCCGACGUGGAAUCGAUUGUGACAGCUUUCUAUCUUCUUGUUUCGGUACGGUAGCGCAGCCAGCGAUUCAUUCCACAUUUUACUCAGAAGCCAUCGUAACCAGUGCAUCGCAGUUUCGGAAAAAGUGGAUUUUCUGAAUAUUUUCUGUAUCGUGUGAGGUGUUUCUGUAUUCAGCGAAU